UCGUACAUUCUCUGGCCGGUUUAUUGGAUCUGCCAAGGCUGCGUCUGCACUGGUAUAUGGGUUUUAGCCCACGAAUGUGGCCACUACUCGUUUUCGGAUAGCAAGACAGUCUGUGACUUCACUGGGCUUGCGUUACACACCCCUCUUCUUGUGCCGUACCAUUCCUGGCGAAUUAGUCACGCAAAACAUCACCGAAGCACAAACGAUAUGGACCGCGAUGAAGUGUUUGUCCCCAGCACAAAAGAUGAGUUCAGAAAAGGAAGUUUGGCAGCUCUUUCUCCUUCAUGGAACGUUUUAAGCCUGUUGAAACUGUUCUUAUUCGGUUGGCCUGCGUAUCUUCUGUUCCAUGUCACAGGUCGUAAAUAUCACACACAUACGGAUCACUUCAACCCCAAUAGCCCAAUUUUCAGCGACAAAGAUUACCGAGACGUGAUAAUUAGCGACGUCGCACUGGUGGCGUGGAUCGGUUUCCUUGGUUACCUGGCUUCUGUUAAUUCUGUGUUGUGGCUGGUGAAAGUCUAUAUCAUCCCGUAUCUCAUAGUGAACUUCUGGUUGGUAUUUAUUACCGACUUGCAGCAUUCUGACGCAGCUGUGCCUCAUUACAGAGGACGGCAGUGGAGCUGGCUUAAGGGAGCCCUGUGUACGGUUGAUCGAGACUAUGGCAUUUUGAAUUACGUCUUUCAUCAUAUCGGUGACACACAUAUUGCCCAUCACGUGUUCUCAUACAUGCCACAUUACCAUGCGGUGGAGGCGACCAAGCAUCUGAAAAAAGCUUUAGGAGAGUUUUAUUACAAAGAUAACACCCCGAUAUUCAAGGCCAUGUGGUUGACUGGGAGAUAUUGCCGUUAUGUUGAAAACUCGGGUGACAUUCUGUGGUAUAAACACGAUUAAUGUAUAUUUCUUUUGUUGAUGUCUACUUUGUUACUGAUGAAUAGGGCACCUCCGUGUAACGUUACGAGAGCCAAAAGACAUAAUUUCCCUCCUUAUGGGAAUGAGCUCUAUUACGAACAUCCACCUCUCGUUUAGCAAAAAUAGGUUUAGAACCAUUCUGAAGUCAACACAAGUCAAUUUUUUUAAAUAAUACUUUUUAGGAGUGUAGUAAUAAUAUGUAAUGUUAACUCUCUUUAAAGAUUUCCAUAUUUCUCUUGCAAUCUUGAUUAUGAGAAUUUAGCGAUACAUCAGAGCAAAUGCGUCGAUUGGUCUUGUUAUGAUCAGGCCCUUGAUUCUCGUGACUCUCAUGUCACAGUUAAAUUUGCUAUAAAAAGUAAGAAAAUUUAGAAAUUAAUCACUAUAUAAAUUAAAGUAGAUCCACAGGAGUGUCCUGACUUUUUAAGUUAUAAACAUUGGUUCUUCUCUUGAGAUUAUUUAGUUCUUUAAGCAAAUAAUAACGGCUCCAGAGACCAAAUUAAUUUAUUGCCUUGAAUAAUAUAUGCGUAAAUAAAAAUUUCAGCCUGCCAUUACUGUGCGUUUACAGCCUUCGGUUUGUAAGAGAUUUUUUAAACUUUCAAAAAUAAUUUCUUGAAGAUUUAUAACAGUUUUGUAGAGCGAUUUAAGUUUCAUAGUAGGAAGUCUUGGAAAGCUAUUGUUUUUAGAAGCUGUGUUAUUAUCCUUUAGACCAAAUGAAGAUCUAGAAUCCAACAAGGGAGUCUGAAGAUAUUUAAGAGUAGGUAAGCGGAGGUAAACGCAAUUUCGGCACAAACGUUCUAAAAUCUUACUGAAAUGUAAAAACUACGAAUGGUAAAAUACCAAAACUCACAACACUAAGGCAAACGAAAGCUGUUUAUAAUGAAGCUGUUAUUAAAGUUUCUUUUAUCCGUA